AUGCUUGAAGAGGAGAACAAAUGCUGGAUCUGCCUAUGCUCGGGAGAUGAACGUCCACCUCUGGGAACUUUGAAAGAAGCUCAUGACUGGGUUCAUCCAUGCAACUGCUCACUUGUGGCUCAUAGAAAGUGCCUUUUGGAAUGGGUCGCUAGAAAUACCCUGGAAUCUAAGAAUGAAGUCAUCAACGGAUUCAACAGCCAGGAACUCAACAUAGGCCUCGAAGCAUUAAAUGUGUCAGAUGCUUAUUCGUCGCUACAUACUGGUGCUACCGGUUUCCAACCUUUAAGCUUGCUUGGAAUUGCACCUUUUAGCGCAAUUCCUCUCGAUGCAGCAACGCCUUUCGACCCGGCGGAAGUAAGUCGCGUUUUCUCUGCUGAAGCUGAAGAAUCAGUAAUCCAAAAUGUUACCACAGCCAUGGCUGCCGGUGCACAGGAAAGACCCCUGGGAAGCUUUCCGCUCGGAAACUCUCGUAAGUUAGUGAUUAAUACAGUCUGUCCUCAAUGCAACGCCCCUAUACUAUUGAGAACAAGCCGUGCACCAACCGUGUCAAUGUCAGCAAUGGUUUCAAAGCUCUUGAACUGGUUCGCGAAAACUGUAACACAAACUACAGUCGCCGGAACAAUUGGAGGCUCUAUACUUUUUAGCUGUGGUGGACUCUUGACUUCGUGGGGGCUACGCAUCAUGACAACAUUAGCACCCGAAAGCACAUUGCUCAAAUUACUCGAUUUGCCAAAUGCGUCUACUUUAUAUCAGGCAUUUAACAAGAAUCAGAUGGGAUUCAAGCAGUUUUUUCUAUUGGGCAUUACACCUAUUUACUUGCUGAGUUUCAGAUUCAAUCAUCCUUUCCUGACCUGGCCAAAGCGACUGUAUCCCAUUCUAUUUCUGAGACCAGGUGAGAAUUUGAACCUAAACGCUAAAGGUUUCUUGUUGCUGCAGUAUCCACUUUUAAUACUUAGUGACUUUCUCAAAGUAUUUGUUUACAACCACAUUUAUUUCGAGUGGGUUCAUAGCGUCAAACCAUAUUUUAUCUGCGACCAAAUGUCGAUAAAACAGUUCAAAAUCUAUGAGGCCGAGCAACAGUUUAUUGAUAUGAGGCGUGAGAUCCGAGAGGCCAAUGGUACCUCAGAAAGUUUGCUUUCAAAACUUAUGAAGCCUUUCAGAUCAUUCAUUGAGGAACCUGUCAUGCGGGGAAUUUGUGGCCGCCGUAUGCUCAUGUGCGCGAGGUUUGACUAUUCCCAUGCUCUCAUCAAAACAUCGCUGUGGGAAAAAGUUGCAUCAACAUUGCUCUUUCCUACUGCAGGAAAACUAUUUCAUACUAUAUUUCUCGCAAGGCUUUCAUGGUUCAAGUCUUUCGUAGCACAUAAGUCAUCGACUCCCGAUGAUGGCCUAUUCCUGGGAAAUCUGCUUGGUUGUUGUGCAGUAGUACUGUUAAAGGACGUGAUGCAUCUUUUUGUCACUUGGCGCCGAGUAAAGCAGUUGCAGAGCAUGGAAGUAAUGGAAUAUAUGUCUUCGGAAUGGGAAUAUACUCUAAAUAAGAAAGCUGGCCGAAUUCUAAACCAACUGAGCAUGCUAACCGAAAAUGAAGAAUCGUAUCUUCUACUGGAAGAAUAUUCCAGUAAGAUGCUUACAAGAUCCUAUCAUGAUCAAUGGGAAAACGUGGCGAACGGUAUACCAACAAUUACAGCAAAGCUCAACUUUUUCAGAUACCUGGUAAUGAAAAUGAGUAUUGAGCGGUCCACUACUUAUAGAAACUCAAAGCUUAAGAACAACCCAUAA